GGGGGAGGGUGCCGGAAGGGACCGUGCCGGUGACGGAAGGCGGGAGGUGGCGCGGCGGCCGGCGGUUCUAGCAGUUUCCACGGGCGGUCGGUGCGGAGGCGGCGGUCCCGGUCCCGAUGGCCAAGUGGGGGGAGGGAGACCCGCGCUGGAUCGUCGAGCAGCGGGCGGACGCCACCAACGUCAACAACUGGCACUGGACGGAGCGGGAUGCCUCCAACUGGUCCACAGAGCGGCUGAAGACUCUCCUCCUGCCUGUCAGGGUGGAGGGGGAGGAAGGGGCUUGUGAGGUGACAGAAGUGAGCAAACUGGACGGAGAGGCCUCCAUUAACAACCGCAAAGGGAAACUUAUCUUCUUCUAUGAGUGGGCUAUCAAGCUGGCGUGGACUGGCACCUCAAAGACAGGAGUGAAAUACAAAGGUUAUGUGGAGAUUCCUAAUCUCUCAGACGAAAAUGACAUCGAUGAAGUUGAGAUCCAUGUCAGCCUUGCUAAAGAUGAGCCUGACACUGACUUGAAGACCCUGAUGAAGCAAGAGGGUGCAAAAAAAAUUAGAGAUGCGAUGAAAACUUACAUCAGCACUCUCAAAACAGAAUUCACCCAGGGCAUGAUUUUGCCCACAGUGAAUGGUGAACAUAUGGAAACAACACCUCAGGUGGCUCCUAAAGCAGAAGACCGCAAGACGGCCGCCAGCAGCAGUACUGCCACAUCUCAGUCUAAAUCCAUAGGGGUCAAGAUCCCUACAUGUAAGAUCAGCUUGAAGGACACCUUCUUAACAUCUCCUGAGGAGCUCUACCGGGUAUUCGUUACUCAGGAGAUGGUCCAAGCUUUCACCCAUGCACAAGCUGCCUUGGAGGCUGAUAAAGGAGGCAAGUUUCAGUUGCUGGAUGGCAGUGUCACAGGAGAGUUUGUUGACCUAGUCCCUGAGAAGCAACUUGUUAUGAAAUGGAGAUUUAAAUCAUGGCCAGCUGGGCACUUUGCAACAAUUACCUUGAACUUCACUGACAAAGGUGGCGAGACGGAGGUGUGCUUGGAAGGCAAGGGCAUUCCUGCCAGUGAGGAGGAAAGAACAAAGCAAGGCUGGCAGCGCUACUACUUUGAGGGCAUUAAACAGACAUUUGGCUAUGGUGCCCGCUUGUUUUAAUACCUGUUGUUGGGAAGGCUCUGCCUGAAGACUCUGCCACGUGGACUGAUAAAUUUCUCACCUGUCCCUUUCUAAUCUUGGCCCUGCUGCUGAGUAAAGUGGGAUGACAGGUGAUGAGGAGGGCCAUUGAGCAGCACCACUUUCAGUCCCUCACUGCUUUGUGCAUGUCUCAUGCUGCAGGGGAUUCUCUUACAUGUACAUACUUCUAUUGCUAAAUAAACCUAACUUAAAAAAAACACCAUGGAACUUGUGUCCUCAGAUUGGGCUUGAGUUCAAAGGGUCGGUUGAUAGGCUGAGGGAGGGAUCUGUCUGGAUAAACACCCUUCAGUGAGGAGUGCUGAUCCCAAUGUGAUUUACUCCUCACUUCUGGAGGAGUAGAGAGCAUGAGCUUGAUGCAGUUUUUAGUUUGAGCAGCUGCUCAUUUUCUCUCUGCUUUUGAUCUGCCGCUGGGAAAUGUUUUAAACCCUUCCCAUUUCAGAAGGGAUCUAAGUUCCUCUCCAAGCUAUAUCUCUCCUCCCUUACACGUUACCUUUAACACAAUCCUUUCUUACACUUAUACUAGCUUGCUCUACAAGAAUGCAAAUCAUUUGGUAACCUGAAUGUUCCAAGACAAUCGGCAAACCAGUGCUAGGGAAACUCCUGCCUCUGAAAUGGUUCUAGCAGGUUGUGGGGCCCAGGGUCAGCUACCUCCAGGAGCUUCAGGCCAAAGCAAACUAGACUUUCAGUGGAGGUGGGAUUUAUUCCUGUAAAACAAACAAGGUACUGUACUUCUGACUGACCCCACUUCAGCUGUUGCUUUGGUGAGGAAGGGAAAACCACGUGCUUGUUCUCUCCUGCUAACACAGUUCCCUGAGAUGCCUUCUAAAGCAAUAAACUUGUUUAUAGGUAUCCUGGUUUUGGCUGGGAUAGAGCUAAUUUUUUUUUUUUCCCUCCCUUCUUAGU